CAAAAUAGAUUUCUUUCAACUUAUUAUUGCAUUAUUACAUUUUCAGAUCUGAUUAAUGCAAAUAAAGGAGUCUACUGGAUCGGCUUAAAUGAUCGGAGAACUGAAGGAACAUACGUAUGGUUGGAUGAUAGGACAAAGGCAAAUUUUACAAGAUGGAACACUGGGGCGCCCAACAACUCCAAUGGAAACGAGAACUGUGUUGUUGUUGAUUCCAACAAGGGAGAUAGAUGGGAUGAUUUAGAUUGUAACACAACAAACAGAUUUAUCUGCCAGAGGCUUCCCUGUAA